GUUUUUGAGCUCCUGAAGAAGCAGGAUGUGCGCGAGAAGCGCGGCUUGCAACUACAGGGAGUGUCUGUGUGCCAAACAAGCUUCAGGAAGAUACUUGGUUUGGGCAAGCACCGUUUCGGCCGUCUCAGGGCCAGUGUCCUGAACCAAGAGAAAGAUUGCCCCAGGGACCAAAGGUUCAUGCCGCAAAAGUUUUCUCGGCUGCCUCCAAGCAGUGUGAGACCUCUGGUGGUUGAGUACCUUCAACGACUCUAUGAGAGCACAGCAGAACCUUUGCCGGAAGCUUUCCAGGCGCAGACUGAGAUAGCUGCGACGCAGCCUCAGGGUGUGGUGCGCAAACGGGGCAAGCGCCCGCGCCACUUGUUCAAAUCGGAUCCUGCUGCAGACAAAGGGAUGAAAGGCCACAAGGCCGAAGCGAAAUUUCUGCCGCCUGGAACAAUCUUGGAAUACCUCGAGCUAUGCCGAGCUGAAUUCCCCGAUGCCAAAAUCGGCAGAAAGGUAUGGGAAGAAGAGUUUCGCGACUUGCUCUACAUCCGCCCACGGUCCCAACAUGCAGCCUGUUCGGAAUGUGUGAGACACAAGGUGAUCAUCAAAAAACUGCGAAAGAGCGUUGGAGCUCGCCGAGCGCAACUGGCACUCUAUCGCGAACACCUGCGACGCCAAUAUUGCGAUCGAGUUUGUUAUUGGAAGGCUCGUGGCCUUUCCAGGCUUAGAGAGAUGGCGGGCGAUGGCAGCGUCAGGAAGAUCACUGUUAUUGUCGAUUCAAUGGAUCAUUCAAAGUUCGCUGUCCCGAAGGCAGUGGCUCUUCACUCGAAAGACUUUGCGCAAUUCUUGCGGCCUACCUUGUCGACUACUUGUGUCAUCAUCCACGGCUAUAUGGUCCUCUUCUACAUGAGCGAACCCCAUGUGGCACAUGAUUCAUCCUGGACGGCAGAAGUGGUAUCGCAUUCUUUGCACGAGUUGCAAGGGCAUUUCCCAAGUCUGGAUCUGCGGCAAUGCCAUUUGAGCCUGCACGGGGACAACUCGUCCAAGGAGUUGAAAAAUCAGGCCCUCAUGCAGCUCUGCUCCGGGUUGACGAGCCAAAGGAGACUGAAGAGUGCAAGCAUGUCCUUUUUGCAAUCUGGGCAUUCACACGAAGACGUGGAUCAAUGCUUCAGUUCCCUUUCAACUUGGAUUAGCUCCCAGCCUGAACUACACACACCGCAUCAGUACAUACAGACUGUCCAGAAGUGGCUGGACAAAGCGUCCACGAGGCCAGAGGAGCAGUUCAAGAAAGUGUACAAGGUGGACCAGACCAGGGCAUGGAAAGCUCAGCUGCACCAGCUUUUCGAGCAUGCCCAGAUCAAAGGAGUGGGCGGCCCCGGCGCCCCGCACUUGUUCUUGUUCGAGCGUGCGGAAGAUGUUCGCAUCUCACUCUUAGAAGAUUGGAUGUCGUAUGUCGUAUGUUUUUUUGAUUGUGGCAAUUGGCAUUUAAAGGCCAAGAUUCACAACAGUUUGCCACGGAUUCACCGGAUUUGGGUUUGA